GGGGAGGAGAGACACAAGCAGCGAGACUUUACAGGCGCUGCUGGGCUUUCGGGGCAUUUUUGUACACUUUUUAUUCGUUUUGUACACUUUUUAGUCGCUUGUUUCCUAAAUACUUUUACUACUUUACUAUUCAGACAACGGCGAGCUGUUUUUGAAACCUGUCUGCUCCGUCAGAAUUUGCUGUAAAAACCGGGUUUGCUAACCCUUGCUAGGUUAACGCUUGAGAAGGAGGACAAAAAAAUCAGUUCAGGUCGACAUUCGCUUGUCAGAACCAGCAAAAAUUUCAACAGGAGUAGUUUUUACAUCCUAGGGAGUACCAAUAAUACGCCCUCACACUUUUAACGUGACUGUCUAGAAGCAAUAGCCGUUCAUUUUGAUAUCAUAAACCCUUCUCGGCGCUCAGAACCAGUAUGACCGCGGUGCUAAAUAUCCAGAGGUUACUGGAAGCUGCCGAGUAUUUAGAGAGGAGAGAAAGAGAGUGUGAGCACGGAUAUGCCUCGACGUUUCCGUCUAUUCAGAGCUCGUCCUACCAGAGACAAAGGAAAUUCCGAAAUAAAAAGUACAACAGCAGUCACAACAGGUCCACACACAACGAGUUGGAGAAGAAUCGACGAGCCCACCUCCGUCUGUGUUUGGAGCGAUUGAAGGCUCUCAUCCCGCUGGGACCAGACUGCAACCGUCACACUACACUGGGCCUCCUCAACAAAGCAAAAGCACAUAUAAAGAAGUUGGAGGACACUGAUAGGAAGUCUCGGUAUCAGUUGGAGAACUUGGAGCGGAAGCAGAGGCACCUUCGCCGGCAGCUGGACUUCCUGCGAGGGACCUGCACACUCGGAGAGGCCGAGAGGAUACGCACCGACAGCGUGGGCUCGACCCUCUGCUCCGAACGCUCCGAACGCUCAGACUCCGACCAAGAGGAGAUCGAGGUAGAUGUAGAGAGCACUGAAUUCUCCCAUGGAGAGCUGGACAGUGUGAGCAUGGCCAGCACCAGCGACCUGGACGACCACAGCAGCCUGCAGAGCCUGGCCAGCGACGAGGGCUAUUCCUCCUGCAGCCUCAAGCUGGCCUUCAGCUCCUAGAUACACCCCUACAUGCGUACACACUGUACCAAUAACAACUACCAACAACCCCCCCAUGAAUCGACUCCAUCACAGUCCCUCACACUCCGCCCCAGCGUCAUCACCGCCCCACCCCUUCGACCAGUCAGAAUCUGUCAUGUCAUUCAGGUGACCAGAGCACAAGCCUUGCACUCCAAAAAGUUAGAAGAGACUUCUUUUCUUUUGAUUGGUUUUGAUUGAUGUUCCUGAACGUUUCGGCGCUCAGCGAACGAAUACAUCUGUUUCGGAUUUCAGCGUUUUUAUACAGUUUGUAAGGAUUCACUGCAUUCGUUGGGUUGAGAGAUUGUUCUGAAUGCAUUGUUAGCUUUCGUUUAACCUGAGCUUUUGAUGGAAUUUAAUUUAAACUUGAUUAUCAAAUUUUCUCCCUCCUCUGCGUAUAAAAGGCUUGUGAACUGGUCACCUGUCGGGACUUUCUCGAGCAACGAAGCAACAAUCUGGACAUCUGUGAACCAACGAAACGAUUUGGAUACUGAACCAAUGAAACGAUACUGGAACGCUGCACCCAGCAUAUCAAGAUCAGCGGCCCCAAUGUCUUUAGAUCGUUUUUACGAUUUUAUAAGGCGGCUCGAUACCGAGGCACGAACUACAUCGAUUGGUGCUACGUGAAACAAACCCAACAGCGCAGACGAGAAAGCCCUUCUUAUGAGUCUGCAGCGUUUGGUCAACGAAAAAAGGGUGAAUAGAGGAAAAAAACACAUACAAAGAUCAUUCCCAUGGAUAUUGGGAGGUUACCUUUUGGUGCAUUUAAACCGCGGAAACGGCCGAUGUUUCCGUACCGCAGCUACAAGCAACUCUGCACUGUCCCGCCGUAGAGCUGACCAUAGAAACCGGCACAAAGCCCAUGACGAUAGACGUCCCGACUAGCAGUAACAAGCAAUAACUCCUCUAGUCUCAUCUCCACAUUAGGGUCACCCUCCCCACCCCUCCUCUCUCUUUUUUUUUUUUUUUUUCCUCCUCCAAAGGCACUUUCAGUGUCCGUCCAAAAGAGCAAAAUCCAACUUGCUUGGUUUUUUUUGUAUAUAAUACAUAAAUAGUUUAAUAAAUUAAAACAAAAGGAAAAAAAAAAACGGAGUUUAAAAAAUGGUAGAUACCCAUGGGUAGAACUAUUGCCUCUGUUGCUGUUUGUCUUGUGUUUUUUGUGCAUUUUAAAUUAUAUUUUUGGAAAAAUUUACUAUCCUCCUCAGAUGCGCUGGCAGAGUGGCAUGGACAGUAUUACUAUUUUGUUUCAUUCAUUUUUUUAAUUAUACGCCCCCCAAAGUUGAAAUUCAGUAGCGUCCCCAAACCGGACGACUUUUAACACACUCCCAAGAGCGACAAAUGAGUAUAAGGCAUGCGGUGGGACCCUGAGACCCUGAGCACGGACCUCCUGUUUUUCGAAACCAUGCUUCGAGUUGUGCUCUUAUUAUUUAUUAGCUAGUUAAUGUUUGUGUUUCGUUUCGUGUCGAAGCUGAGAGGCAUUCCUACAGAAGAAAAGUACGGCGGCGCUGUGGAUCCGGGGGUCGCCUUGCUGAGAGAUUACCCAUGAUGCGCCUCGACUGGCCCCUUGCUUUUCCGCAAGUUCACUCGUUCGACUCAGUGGAAGGAAUGAGCAGUCUGAUUUUCAUAU